AUGAUUAUGGACAGAGAGAAGGAGAGAGAGAUGGAGCUGGAGAGCGCAAUGUACACCAACUGUUUGCUGUUAGGUCUGGAUCCGAAUGUAAUCGGCCUCGGCACCUCCUCCAAUGGCAGUCCUCGGGUCGGCCUGUUCCGCCACUCCAACCCUAAAUUGGGCGAGCAGCUGCUUUACUUCAUACUGUCUUCCCUCCGUGGUCCUGUUCAAUCCGCCAAAGAUUUCGAUAAGGUGUGGCCAAUUUUCGAUUCGGCACAGUCUCGAGAUUUUCGCAAGGUCGUGCAAGCGAUCAUCAGUGAGCUUGAAUCGCAAGGAGCACUGCCGAGGAGUAAUUCAAGGGUUUCUUCUCUUGCUACUUGCUGCGGACCGAGAUUUGUUGAACUUCUAUGGCAACUUUCUUUGCAUGCCUUACGGGAGGUUCAUAGGCGGACAUUUGCAGCUGAUGUGGCCUCCAACCCUUUACCUGCUUCUCUAACGGAUGUUGCCUUUCAACAUGCAGCCACUCUGCUUCCUGUAACAAAGGCUAGAGUGGCGCUUGAACGAAGAAGGUUUCUUAAAAAUGCGGAGACAGCUGUACAAAAGCAGGCUAUGUGGUCUAAUUUGGCUCAUGAAAUGACAGCAGAGUUCCGUGGUCUUUGUGCUGAAGAGGCCUAUCUGCAGCAAGAGCUGGAAAAGUUACACGACAUAAGGAAUAAAGUGAAAUUAGAGGGAGAACUAUGGGAUGAUCUUGUAUCUAGUUCUAGUCAGAACUCCCACCUAGUCUCGAAGGCUAGUCGUUUGUGGGAAUCUAUAUUAGCUCGUAAGAGUCAACAUGAAGUUCUGGCUUCAGGACCAAUCGAGGACUUAAUAGCUCAUCGAGAGCAUAGGUAUCGUAUCUCAGGGUCAGCUUUGCUCUCUGCAAUGGAUCAGAGCUCUCAAGUUCCUAAUACAGAUUCACAGUUGGAGGAUAAAGAUCAGAAUGAUGGUUCCUAUGACGAGACACAUUCUAGAGUUGAUGAUAGAGGCGGGAGAGUCCAUCAAACAGUUGAUGUAGCCGAAAUCAUCCGUCGUUGGACUCAUGCUUUACAACGAAUCCAUAAGCAAUCACUUCACAUGGCCAAAGCUAAUGAUGGAGAAGGCCCAGAUAUAUUGAGAAGUGGUAAGGAUGGGAGCGCGAGUGGCCAUGCCGAGUCUUUAGCUGCAACUCUAGCUGAACAUCAGCAACACCUUUCUAGUUUCCAGGUGCUAAUCAACCAACUUAAAGAAGUUGCUCCAGCAAUACAAAAGUCUAUAGUGGACUGUACAGAAGUUGUGAAUAAUGUAUCCUCCACCUUGCCUCCGAUGACCAAGCACCGUGUUCGAGCAACUUCACCUAUACAGGCUCAAAGCAGCGGAAGGACAUUGGAAGGUGUCUCGGAUGAUGCUGCUGAGUUGAUUUCCAGAAUGUCUUCUCUUCAGCUUGACAAGUCAGUGUCUGCUAGUCCUCCGGCAUUGAAGCUACCCCACCUAUUCAAUUUGACUCCCAACUCCUCUGGAAAAGUUGGAAAUUUACAAAAGAGACAAUCUGCUAGUAUCCCAGUGAACCAGAUGGAAACUCUUUCUGAAGGGAGCUCCUUGGAUCAGCCAUUGUCAAAUAAUCGUGUAGAUAACCAACCCCAAGAUAAUGAUCAUUAUUACAUUCAAAACUUGAAGAGGUCUGUAAGAGAAGCAGCUCUUGCUACACAUUCAAGCAGUUCAGAAUCAUCCUCUCGGGGCAGUCAUUCUGAUAGUUCAGAGCACUUCUUCUUACCUCUUUCAUCAGCAAGUGGAUUUUCUCUUCCAGGGCCUGACAAAAGAGUUGCUCAAACAAGGGGCAAAAAGUUGUUUACUCAAAUGGAGCCAGCCUCACGGAGCAGUCAUGCUUCUUAUGGUGAUUCCAGGAGCAAAACCAAUGGUUUACCCGAGUUUGACUCUCUGUCUGAUUAUGACAAUCUAAGUAGCUUUUUGUCGACAGUUGGUUCAAAUGGUGCUUUGUCUGAUGGACAAAGGUCGUCAUUUUAUGACAUGGAUGACCCUCUUGGCCAAGUCUUCUCGCCGCCUCUUUUAACAGACGACUCACUGUUAUCUGACUCUUAUGAAGAUUUACUCGCUCCUCUAUCAGAAACUGAAACAGCCUUGAUGGAGCAUUGA